AUGUCGACCGAUGAUUGGACGCAAGAACUGGACAAAAUGUUGAUGAACAUUGAACUCCAGGCGAUGUCUUCGCUACGAAAUAUUAGUAACUGUUUCGAACAAUCAGGUCAAUCGUUCCACGAAGCACAUCAGACAUAUUGUCUAAAGCGCUCAAUUGACAGAUUAAAUGAAGUUUAUUCCAAAUUUGAAUGUGAAUUGUCGUUCAGUAAUCGUCAAAGAGGAAGUGUCGCUCCAAUUUCAACCGAUAAUAACAACUCAAAUGCAAUUAUUAAAAUCAGCAAUGAUGAAGACUCAGAUGAAAGACCUAGCACCAGUUCGCAACCAUCCAGAGAGACUGCGUUUCGAAAUGUUGAUAGUGAGAUUAAAACCGAGGAUGAUUAUAAUGAAAGCGAUGAUCAAGCUUUUGUCGGGGGAAUACCCAAUGUGGAAACAAAAGAAGAGGAUAUGGAAAGUGAUGAGAUUCCGAUAGUUCGUGUUUCGGCCAAUCAACUGACCCGUGCAUAUAAGAUAGAGUCAAACUGCUCUGAACGUGUCAAAAUCGAAAGUGACGAAGAUCAUAACAAAGAAAACAUUGAAAAUGUAGCGAAGCGUGUACGAUCGAAUUCUGCGAAUAUUUUAGAUAAAAUUGGUGACAACAACGAAACAAAUCUAUGUGAACCAUACGGGAAGAAAUCAGGAGUAUCUCAGGGAAGAGUCGAAUCGAAAGAUGCAAGUUGCGAAAUCAGUGAAGAAAAUAACGCAAACAAGACGAACGAAGUGAACAUUUCCAAAGCUGCUGUUGAAAUGAAUUUAGCAAGAAAAUUGUGGCCAGAUUGUGACGAGGUACUCAUUAACAUUACCUUCAAUGGUAGAAAAAUUGCAAACUGCAGCGAAAUAUUCAAGCGAGAAAUAGUUUAUUUCGAAGGCGUGUGCUUCAUGGCCAACUCAAUUUAUUUUUAUGAUUUAGAUUGGGAAAAAUUGCCAUUGACCUUCUACAAAGACGGUGCAAAAUUAAGUUUUGAAGUAAUUCAGCAUUGGGGUUAUAGAUAUACGGUUUCAGUGCAUAGUCCCGAUGAAUUUCCGAAUGUAUUGAUGAAGUCGAUUCUGCGUUUUGAAUUAUAUAAGGAGCAAAAAUGGGAUGUCAGAGUGAUGACAACUCAAGUAAAAAAUUCGGAAGAUGUUCGAGAUGUCUCGUUUGAGACGCGAAACUGCCUAUUUUCGGAUGAACGUUGGCCUGAUGAUGCAUCUUUACCUUAUAGUACUGUCUCGUGUUGGAUUUACUUGCGGGUCUAUUUUGAGCUUGAACUGUGCAAUUGUACACUACACUUUGCACCGAUUGAAUACAAAGAUUAUUACUGCAAUUACACGCAAAUGGAGUGCACCAAGGGCUAUUUUAUGGGACUUCUGGCAAAUGAAUAUCAUGAUGAAGUAGAACCGUGCCCUCAGACUUGCACCGAAAUGCACAUUGAUUUGGUGGGGUACAAUAACCAUUACAGGACCGAACCUUAUACUCAAUUCAAUGAAAGCGAUCCAGUAAUAGCGAUUUCGCCAUUUUCAAUUGAAGUGAUUAAUAAGCCAAAAGUGAUAAUGCGUGAAGUAUCGUUCAGCGAUCUCGACCUUGUUGUCACCAUUGGCAGCAUUAUCGGUCUAUUUUUUGCUGCUUCGUUUCUCAGUGUGGUUGAAACCAUUUAUAUUUGGAUUUUACGUAAAUUUUAAUUCACUUCAUUUGCGCGCAACACGCUCACACA